CCCAUCCAAACUCGAUACAGUCUUUCCUUUUUCAUCCUGCAAAACUUCCAGACAUUUCCUUUCUCCCUUGAAUUCUAACACAAACCCCACCUCUGUCUUCCUUGCUUCUUUUGCCGUAUUUUUUCAAUGGGCAAUUACGUUUCCUGCACCCUAUCUACGCCACUCGGGAAGUCAUCAAAGUCGAUUAAAGUGGUUCUCCCUGAUGGAGAAAUUCAGCAGCUUUCUGCACCCACCAAGGCCGCAGAGCUCAUGCUCGAGACACCCAAUUUUUUCCUAGUUAAUUCUCGGUCUCUUAAAAUUGGCCACCGGUUUUCGCCUCUUAGCGCCGACGAGGACCUUGAGUUUGACAAUGUCUACGUCAUGUUUCCCAUGAAGAGGGUGAACUCCACUGUCACUGCAGCCGACAUGGGUGCUCUGUUUCUCGCCGCAAACUCUGCUUCGAAAAGAGGGCUUGGUGGGAAAGUAAGGAUCUUGCCGGAAUCUGGGGAUGUUUGCCAUGACAAAAAUGAAUCGGUUGAGGUGAACGCGGUCCCAAAGCUGAACUUAGAUGACAUUGAGGACUUCUCUGCACCGGAGUUUAUGCAUAGGUUAUCCUUGUCAAGGUCGAAGAAGCCAUUGCUGGACACCAUAGCAGAGGAGCCAAUUUAUUCAAGAUGAUCUCUUGCAGAAUAAUCAGAUUUUUUAUUCAAUUAUUUUUGACAUCUGUUAUGGAGUAUCAAAGAUUGGAAUUGCAGGUGUUUGAAGAAUGUUUUAAAAUAUGAAGCAGAUUAGAGUAGAAAAGAGAGAGAAGAUCAUCAAACAUAGAUGUAAUGUUUUUUCUUGGUACCUUCUUUUUGGUCUUGUACUUUAUGUCUGUAAAGAGUCGUGUGCUGGCGAGGUGGGUGCCCAUUGCUUUCUUAUUAUUUGUACGUAACGUACCUAUGCUUUUUCUUCUUUCAAAAAAUUUUAUAAAUAGGAUUUUCUUUU